CCUCACUAAUGAGAGAGAUGAACUACAGACAAGUUACUGUGAAUUGGAAAGCCUCAAUCACAACCUGACCCUGAAGACAAUCAAGUUAGAGGCCAUGAACAACAACCUCACCAAUGAGAGAGAAAAACUCAAAAGUGUGAUUGACACAAAAUGUUGUCCUGACCAAUGGAACAAGGUUGGCAACAGCUGUUAUUUCACAUCCACCUCACAAGAGACAUGGUAUGACAGCAAAAGGGUCUGUGAAAAGGAUAAUGCACAUCUGGUGAUCAUAUCUAGCAAAGAAGAACAGAAGUAUUUAACCACAUUUGGCCUGAGAAUCUGGAUUGGUCUGACUGAUGAAGAGACAGAAGAAGACUGGAAAUGGGUAAAUGGAGAACCAGUUACAAAACCGUUCUGGAGAGACAAUCAGCCAGACAAUUAUCAGAGAAAUGAACACUGUGCUGAGCUUGCAGGAAGAUCUGGUAAUUCUUUAAAAAACUGGAAUGAUUUGGACUGUAAAAGAAAGCUUCAUUUCACAUGUGAGAAAGUACUUCCAUAACAUCAU